AGUACAUGUAUUAAAUCUGAGGUUAACAUGUUUUAACAUAUGUAAUGGGUUGACAUUGUCAUCCGAUUAAAUGGUCAUAUGUGAUGUUAUAAUAACACCUUGUAUACACUAUAUUGUGAUAACAUCAAUUGUUAUCACAUGGACAUUCAACCUACUUUUGAAUUUAGACGUGUAGUUACAUAAGUUAUAACCAUGGACAAGACAUACUUCUUUAUUAUUUCGGCAGUAGCCUCAACAUUUUUCUUGUCACUUGGACCAAUAUUGUACAAUCGCUAUUUGAGUGGUACUGACUCGACACAUGACUCGAACUCAAUAAUAGCUGGAAAUAUACGACAGAAGCCUCCGAUAAAAAUAGUUUGUGGCAAUCUAGAAAAUAUACCGUGUGAUGUUUGUAAAUUGUUUGUGGUUGGACUACGUGAAUUAAUAGGAAAGCAAGCACCAGAAGCUGACAUAGUAAAAUUUGCAAUUGGAAUUUGUAACACAUUUCAUAUAGAAGAUGAGAGGGUUUGUCAGGGCAUUGUUCGAAUGUUUAAGGAUGAAUUCGUCGGAGUAAUUGAAAAAUUGGUUUUGUCUCCAGAAGAAGCAUGCGGUCUUGUAGUUGGGGAAAGUUGUGGAAAAUCCUACAAUCCAGAUGAUAUGUGGAAUAUCACUCUUCCAAAUGUUCCAAAACCUCCAGUGAAACCUUAUGUACUCCCACAGCCUGGAUCUCCUAAACUUCGGAUACUACACCUAACAGAUAUCCACAUAGACAGCCAGUAUCUGGCAGGAGCUAAUGCUGAUUGUGGUGAACCUCUGUGCUGCAGAAUAGGAGAUAAGAUGACAACUGGUGCAAAGGCUGCUGGUAAAUGGGGUUCAUUGGAUGAUUGUGACCUUCCUUAUGUUACAUUAAAAAGUUUAUUUGAGUAUCUCAGGAGUAUUAAAGAUCAGUUUGACUAUGCAGUGUUUACUGGAGACCUGCCGGCUCACAACGUUUGGAACCAGUCCAGAUCAGACAUUAUUGGAGCUAUGGAACUUGUAGCCAAAAUGUUCCUAACCUAUCUGCCGGGUAAACAGAUUUAUCAGACAUUGGGCAAUCAUGAAAGUGCACCUGUCAACAGUUUUCCACCGAGCUACAUAACCGGAAAUGAUGCUGAGACUUGGCUGUAUAACGAAACAGCAAAACUUUGGAAAAACUGGCUACCUGCAGAUACCAUGAAAGAUAUAAAAAGAGCAGGAUAUUAUACAACAAUGAUACAACAAGGACUCAGAAUUGUGUCCCUCAACAUGAACUACUGCAAUAAUCAGAAUUGGUGGUUAUUGAUUAAUACAACUGAUCCCAUGGGACAACUCAGCUGGCUUAUGAAUGUUCUACAAAAGGCCGAGGACAAUAAAGAAAAGGUUCAUAUCAUUGGUCAUAUCAUCCCCGGUGGUGGCAGCUGCUUAAAAGCAUGGAGCUGGAACUACUAUAAAAUCAUCAACAGAUAUGAGAGUACAGUUACCGCACAAUUUUUCGGACAUGUUCAUAAUGAGAUGUUUACUAUGUUCUAUGAUGAAGUUCAGUUUAAGAGACCAACAAGUGUCCUCUAUAACCCAGGAAGUGUCACUACGUUUUCUAACUUAAACCCAGGAUUCCGUAUAUAUGAAGUAGAUGGACAUUACAAUGGAAGUUCAUGGUAUCCUCUAAAUUACCAGAAUUAUUAUUUGAAUUUGACAAAAGUCAAUAAAGACAAUACGCCAGUGUGGGAACCUGAAUACAAUGCAAAGGCUGAUCUGGGACUAAAAAGUCUAUAUCCAGCAGACUGGGAUGAUCUGAUCAAUAGGUUUAAAACUAAUGACACACUGUUUCAGAUAUAUUAUAGGUACACUCAAAAGUUAGCAACCAAAGAAAUAUGUGGUACUGACUGUAAAAGUUCUCUCUUGUGUGAUCUUAAAUCAGGACGUUCACAUGACAAUGCCAAUCUAUGUAAAGAUGUCACAGGAUAUUAGUAAUACUAGUAAUCUGUGUGACAGUUUAAACUGACUCCGAAGUAUUGAGAUUGUAAAUAUAGAUGUGCAAUAUACAUUUAUCUAUGCGACAUUCAACUAACCUAUUUGUGACCAUAUAAAACGAACAUUAAAAUCUGAGAUUAUUUACAAAAUUUGUGAUAUAAGAAAUGUUUCAAUUGGUCAAUUAUAUUAGUAUAUCAAUGUUUACUUUUAAAUCAAAUCUGAGCCUAGACCAGUACAUUUGUUAUCAUAACAUGUGAAAAUUGUUCUAGCAAACUCUGAUUAAUGAGCAGUUAUAUUUCUUACAUAUAUUAUGUGCAAUAAAGUCUUAUUUUUACUGAA